ACAACGACCCCCCCCCCCCCCCCCCCCCCCUCCCAUCCCUCCCUCACUCUCUACUCUGCAACAAAAGAGUUCGACGACUCCGUUUCUUCUAGGGUUUCCAUGAAAAACCAAGACGACACCACCCUCUCAAAUAAAACGGCACUGAUUUUUUCAAAAAUACGGUUUCAUGUUCUUCAUUUGUGAAAUCUCACUCGCUUUCAUGUCUUGUAAAUGGAGAUUACUGCCUUUAAUUUCACUCUCUCUGAAUCUUUCCUCAUAGCCUCAUCUCUUACCCUCCUCUCUCUCUCACUUGCUCUCCUCACUCUCCGAUCAAAAUCUCCCAAGUCGAAACUCACCGUCCAUUCAUCCACGCCAGCAGCAUCAACAUCCAAGACGAGAACCUGCAGGUGUUGCUGUUCUUGUAUCGGUGAGAUUGGAAGUGAUAAUAGUAAGGAUUCUGUUACGGCGGGGAAGUACGUGAACGGUGUUGGUGCGGCGGAGGAUAUGGUGGUGGAUAAGCAGACCGGAGCUUCGAUGAUGGAGCAGUUAGUGCCGGAGAUUACAACGCACGCGCUUAGUUAUUUGGAUUAUCCAAGUUUGUGUAGGUUGUCGAUGACUAAUUCAUUGAUGCGUAAAGCUGCUAAUGAUGAUAAUGCGUGGAAGGCGCUGUAUCAUAAGGAUUUUACAUUGGAACAAGGUAGUGUGACUCCUGUUAUUGGGUGGAAGGCUUACUAUGCGGUUACAAGAGCCAUUGUGAAUGUCAAUACAGAAUUCUUUAACAUCAUUAGAGAAAGGUCUCUUCAAGCAAUGAGUCAAUUAUGGCUUAAUUCAGAUUAUGUGAAGUGCACCCAUGCAUCUGGGGAAAAUUUUUCAGGAGUAAUCAAUCUGCUUAGCUUGGGCUACAGGAAUUUGGUAGAUGUGGGAAUAUGUGGCUUGGUAGAGUAAAUAUGAACAAACUAGUAAUGUUAGAGAUGUACUCGCAUCCAUUGGAAAAGCAGAUGAGGGGUGAGGUUCUCUCAUCCUAUUUGAUAAGGAAUAUAGGAAACCGGAUUUUAAAAUAGGAACUAGAUGUUAGGAAUGAGAACUCUAUUAUAUCCCAAAAUUAAUUUGCCUUUGUAACUUUUGAAGUCAUGGUAAUUGGAAAGAAGUGAUCAACACGCAGGAGAUGAUUUCUUAGAUAGUAUGAGCGAGUCACCUCAAGCACAAGUAUAUUUGGAUGCAGUUUUACACUUGUCAAUUAAUGAAAUGGUAGGAGAGAUAAUCAUAGGAUUUUUUAUUCUUUAAUCACCUAGCAUUGAUUCCAAGUUGAUGAAAUGGCAAUUGGAUCAAAUAAAGUAAAAAUGAGAAUUAAAAUAGUGAGGUUAUUUAUUGUAUUGGUGACUUAUUUUAUGCAGUAUUCAAAACUUGUUUGCUUUUAAUGUUUGA